ACCACCUUCAAGCAUAAACAGAAAAAAAAAAUCACAGAGAAAAUAACAAAACAUGGCAUUAGAAUGGGUAGUUCUAGGCUACGCUGCUGCAGCAGAAGCACUAAUGGUAAUCCUUUUAACACUUCCAGGCACAUACCCUUUACGCAAAGGUUUAAUAUCCGUAACACGAAAUCUUCUAAAACCCUUUCUUUCGAUAGUUCCGUUUUGUAUUUUCUUGUUAUUGGAUAUUUACUGGAAGUACGAGACUCGGCCGAGAUGUAAAUCGGCCGAGACGUGUACCCCAACGGAACUCAUGAGGCACCAGAAAUCAGUCGUGAAGAGCCAACGUAACGCCCUGUUGAUUGCGUCCGCGUUGAUGUUUUAUUGGCUGCUUUAUUCGGUUACUCGGUUGGUUACACGAGUUGAACAGUUGAAUCAACGGGUUGACAAGUUGCAGAAUCAGGAAUAAUAAUAAUUCCAAAUGACAAAACAAGUAGCUAUGUUUGUAAAUUUUUUUUUUUAGUACUUCUCGUUUGGUGUCUUUAAUUUGUAGUAAUGGAUUGGAAAACUCUUAAGUAUGGAGUAUUUCAAUAUUUGAUCC